AUGUCGGCUCCUCACGCAACCGGUGCCGGCUCGACAGAGCCGGAUCACCUCAAGCACUCCAUCCCCAGUGGAGCUCUUGACCCCGAAAAGCAGGCUCCCGCCGCUGAGAAGUCGGAAGGCGUACCUCUCGAUGACGACGACGAAGAAAUCGAAGACAUCGACGCCUUGAUCGAUGACCUCGAGUCUGAAGAUGAACACAAUUUCGAGGAGGAUGAAGAGGCCGAAGUCGGCGCCAGUGCUCGUCCUGUCCCUGAGGACCUCCUUAAGACGGAUACUCGUACUGGUUUGACUUCUGCUGAGGUUGACCAACGAAGGAAGCGAUACGGUCUCAAUCAAAUGAAGGAAGAGAAGGAAAAUCUCGUCUUGAAGUUUCUUAUGUACUUUGUUGGUCCUAUUCAGUUCGUCAUGGAGGCUGCCGCUAUUCUCGCUGCCGGUCUUCAGGACUGGGUUGAUUUCGGUGUCAUCUGUGGUCUCUUGCUCCUUAACGCUUGCGUUGGUUUCUUCCAAGAAUUCCAAGCUGGUUCCAUCGUCGACGAAUUGAAGAAGACUCUUGCCCUCAAGGCCGUCGUCCUCCGUGACGGCCGUCUCUUUGAAAUCGAAGCCCCACAGGUCGUUCCCGGUGAUAUUCUCCAAAUCGAAGAAGGUACCAUUGUUCCCGCCGAUGGUCGCAUUGUUACCGAAGAUGCCUUCCUCCAGGUCGAUCAGUCCGCCAUUACCGGUGAAUCUCUCGCCGUUGACAAGCACAAGGGUGACAACAUGUAUGCUUCCUCCUCGAUCAAGCGUGGUGAGGCCUUCAUGGUCGUCACUGCCACCGGUGACAACACCUUCGUCGGUCGCGCCGCUGCUCUCGUCUCUCGCGCUUCUGCCGGUACUGGUCACUUCACCGAAGUCUUGAACGGUAUUGGUACUGUUUUGUUGAUCCUCGUCAUCUUCACCCUUCUUGUCGUCUGGGUUGCCUCUUUCUACCGAUCCAACCCAAUCGUCCACAUCUUGGAGUUCACCCUCGCUAUUACUAUCAUCGGUGUCCCAGUCGGUCUUCCAGCUGUCGUUACCACUACCAUGGCCGUCGGUGCUGCCUACCUCGCCAAGAAGAAGGCCAUCGUCCAGAAGCUCUCUGCUAUUGAAUCUCUCGCUGGUGUCGAAAUCCUCUGCUCUGACAAGACCGGUACCUUGACCAAGAACAAGCUCUCCCUCGCUGAACCCUAUACCGUCGAGGGUGUCGAAGCCGAUGACCUCAUGCUUACUGCCUGCUUGGCUGCCUCCCGCAAGAAGAAGGGUCUUGACGCUAUUGACAAGGCCUUCUUGAAGUCUCUCAAGUUCUACCCACGCGCCAAGUCUGUUCUCUCCCGCUACAAGGUCUUGCAAUUCCACCCCUUCGACCCUGUCUCCAAGAAGGUUACCGCUGUUGUCGAAUCUCCCCAAGGUGAACGUAUAAUCUGCGUCAAGGGUGCCCCACUUUUCGUUCUCCGAACUGUUGAGGAGGACCACCCCAUCCCGGAGGAGAUCGCCAUGGACUACAAGAACAAGGUUGCCGAAUUCGCUACUCGUGGUUUCCGUUCUCUUGGUGUUGCCCGCAAGCGUGGUGAAGGUCACUGGGAAAUUCUUGGUAUCAUGCCUUGCUCUGAUCCCCCACGUCACGAUACCGCUCGCACUAUCAAUGAAGCCAAGACUCUCGGUCUCUCCAUCAAGAUGUUGACUGGUGACGCUGUCGGUAUUGCUCGUGAAACCUCCCGCCAACUCGGUCUCGGAACCAAUGUCUACAAUGCUGAACGUCUUGGUCUCGGUGGUGGCGGUGAAAUGCCUGGUUCUGAAGUCUACGAUUUCGUUGAAGCUGCCGAUGGUUUCGCUGAAGUUUUCCCCCAACACAAGUACAACGUCGUCGAAAUUCUCCAACAGCGUGGUUACCUUGUUGCUAUGACUGGUGAUGGUGUCAACGAUGCUCCUUCCCUCAAGAAAGCCGAUACUGGUAUUGCCGUCGAGGGUGCCUCUGACGCUGCCCGUUCUGCCGCCGAUAUUGUUUUCUUGGCUCCUGGUCUCUCUGCUAUCAUCGACGCUCUUAAGACUUCCCGUCAAAUUUUCCAUCGUAUGUACGCCUACGUCGUCUACCGUAUCGCCUUGUCUCUCCAUUUGGAAAUCUUCUUGGGUCUUUGGAUUGCCAUCUUGAACGAGUCCCUCAACCUUAACCUUGUCGUCUUCAUCGCCAUCUUCGCCGAUAUUGCCACCUUGGCCAUCGCCUACGAUAACGCUCCAUUCUCCAAGACUCCAGUUAAGUGGAACUUGCCCAAGCUCUGGGGUAUGUCCGUCCUCCUCGGUGUCGUCCUUGCCAUCGGUACUUGGAUUACUCUCACUACUAUGCUUGCGCAUAACGACCCCACCCCCGGCGGUAACCAAUUCGGAGGUAUUGUCCAGAACUUCGGUAACCGUGACGAAGUCCUCUUCUUGGAAAUCUCCUUGACUGAGAACUGGCUUAUCUUCAUCACCCGUGCCAAUGGUCCAUUCUGGUCCUCCAUUCCAUCCUGGGAAUUGAGCGGUGCCAUCUUGCUUGUCGACAUCAUCGCUACUCUCUUCACCAUCUUCGGUUGGUUCGAGCACUCUCGCACUUCCAUCGUCGCCGUCGUCCGUAUCUGGAUUUUCUCCUUCGGUAUCUUCUGCGUCAUGGGUGGUGUCUACUACUUGCUCCAGGGCUCGAUUGGAUUCGACAAUCUCAUGCACGGCAAAUCACCCAAGCAGAAGCAGAAGCAGAGAAGUUUGGAAGAUUUCGUUGUCUCUAUGCAACGUGUCUCUACACAACACGAGAAGAACGCGUAA